AUCAAGGUAAGGAUAAUGGGAGCUGUAGUCCAGCGGCCCUGGCAACCGCGGGUCGGAAAAGGCGAGGAGGGAAACCGCGGCCUCGCACCCCAGUUUCACCGCAAGCCCAGAGAGCUCGCGCCCGCCUCUUUCGGCUGCAGAGCCGCCUCCGGAAGGGCGGAGCAGCCGAGCGGGACGGUAAACCUUUCACGCAUGGCGGAAAGCGAAGAGGCGGAUUUGGAUGCCUUCCUCGACAAAUUUCAGGGCCCGCAGCGCUACGAGGGGGCCUUCAAUCCGACGACAUGGGAGCAGGAAUUUGAUCAGAUUCCAAUGUUCAUGAAGGAUGCUCCCUCUGAAAUAAAUCCUAAGCAGAACCCUGAUCUGGCAUGCCUUCAGUCUAUCAUUUUUGAUGAAGAGCAGAGUCCUGAAGAGCAAUCUAAGACUUAUAAGAAUGAAGGUAAUGAUUAUUUCAAAGAAAAGGAUUAUAAGAAGGCUGUGAUAUCUUAUACAGAAGGACUAAAAAAGAAAUGUAAUGACCUGGAAUUGAAUACUGUACUUCAUACAAACAGAGCAGCGGCCCACUUUUAUCUGGGUAACUAUCGCUCUGCUCUGAAUGAUGCUAUUGCAGCAAGAAAACUGAAACCCAGCCACCUCAAAGCAAUAAUAAGGGGAGCACUGUGCCAUAUGGAACUCAAGCAUUUCUCUGAAGCUAUGGCAUGGUGCGAGGAGGGUCUGAAAUUAGAUCCAAAGGAAAAAAAACUUCUGGAAAUAAGAACAAAAGCAGACAGAUUUAAGCGUACUGAAGAGCGAGAUUUGAGAAAAGCAAAAUUUCAGGAGAAGAGGGAACAGUCUCAGAAAGAGGCCUUAUUUAAAGCUAUUAAGGAUCGAAACAUCAAACUGUCUCCAGUGCCCUCUAAAGAUGAGAUGGCAAUAUCUACAGACCUCGCGGAGAUGUCUUUAGAUGGACUUAGCUCGGAAAGUAGCAUUGGGGCCAAAGUCUGUCUAGAAGACAACGGCAGCCUUACCUGGCCAGUGCUGUUCCUGUACCCUGAGCAUGGACAAACUGACUUCAUCUCUGCUUUUCAUGAAGAAUCCAGAUUUUCUGACCAUUUAGUUGUCAUGUUUGAAGAAUCACCUGCCUGGGAUAUAGAAAGAAAAUAUAUUCCUAAAGAACUAGAGCUUUAUUAUGAGGAUGAAGAAAGAGGAGAUAUAUACCAGAUAAACACGGAAACCACGUUGUUAGAAGUGCUGCAGCACAAAAGGUACUUUAUAAAAGCAGGGACUCCUGCCUUUUUAGUCCUGGUGAAAGAUGCUCCUUUCUCUAAAAACUAUUUAUUUGGGAAGAAAGUUCAUCAAUUAAAGUGAAUUAGGAUGACCUCAGCAAGAAAGCCAAGAUGAGCAAUAACUCUCGUCUGUUGUACAGUUUAUGCAGUGUCCUAAAUUGGAAUGUUUUCUGAGUACAUAUUUUUCUGUAACAAUUAAGAUUAAUUUACUAGAGCUCUGCAGAGAAGAUACACACAUAUAUCAGGUGUACUAGGCCCAAGGACUUAAGGAGUUUUGUAAUACUAGCAGUUAUAGUUUUAACUUUCCUUUUGUAUUUAAAUCAAUAAGCCACCUUAUUCCUCCCUCUGUUUUCAGUAAAUAAAAACAGUGAAAAUAAAUAUGUUGCCCAUGGUG